GUUUAGCAGAACUGCAGCGCUUCACCUCGGCCAGGUCACGGGCAUGGAAGUGAAGCACAGCGCCACCCUGGCCAUGGAUUUCCCAGGCCACUUCGAGCAGAUCUUCCAGCAGCUAAACUAUCAGCGUGUUCACGGUCAGCUGUGCGAUUGUGUCAUCGUGGUGGGCAGCCGACACUUUAAGGCCCACCGCUCAGUGCUGGCAGCCUGCAGCACUCACUUCAGGGCCUUGUUCACUGUCGCAGAGGGAGAUGCAAGCAUGAACAUGAUCCAGCUGGACAGUGAGGUUGUGACGGCUGAAGCUUUUGCUGCUCUUGUGGACAUGAUGUACACAUCAACACUGAUGCUGGGGGAGAGCAACGUCAUGGAUAUCCUCCUUGCAGCCUCACACCUGCACCUCAACAAUGUAGUCAAAGCCUGCAAACACUACCUGACCACACGCACACUGCCUAUGUCUCCCUCAUCCGACAGAUCAACCCAUCACCACCCUCAGCAGGACCAGCAGAGGCGCAGGCAGCAGCAGCAGCAGCAGCAACAGCAGCAGCAGCAGCAGCAAGUAGCAGAUUUAGCAGUGAAUCCUACUCUAGCGGCUAAUGCUAACCUUGCGGCAAAUGCUGCCACGUCAAAGUUGCAGCGCUCCUUCCUGUUGCAGCAGCUGGGGCUCAGCUUGGUGAGCUCUGCCUUGGGUGGGAUGGAGGAGGACGGGGUGGGAAACGUAGUUGGCAGCAGAGGGGUGGAACAGAGAGCCUCCUUCCCUAUCAGACGCUUCCACAAACGCAAGCCCUCUCUUGCGCUGGGCCUGUCAGAAGAGAGACCCAGGCAGAGGCAGCGCCCGUCAGCCCCUAACCUGGGGCUGUUAGGAGAGGAAGGGGUGAACGCAGAACGAGAGGAAGGAGCACUUCUCUCCCCAGACUCCCACAAGAUGGGGGACGAAUCGAAAUUGGAUGCUGCAAUCACAGGCCUAGUGGGGAUUUCCCAAGAUGAUCCCCAGAUGCCUAGUCAGUCAGACAGUGGACACUGUGAGGGUGAGGACUUGGGGAGAAUGCAGGGAGGGGUGAGCAAGGAGGAGGACAUGGAUGACCAGGACCAGGACAACAGAUCAGGCGUGAAAAUUAAAUCAGGGGCAGAGGAGGAGGCUGAGGAGCAGGAGCAGAAGGUGGUGGUUAAGCGAGAGCCGCUGAGCUCGCCUGAACCGACGGAUGAAAUCAGCGACGUGACAUCACAGGCUGAGGGCAGCGACCCGGCCGAGCCUGGAGGCCAGGAAGAGGAGGAGAAGGUGGAGCUGAGCCCGGAGAGCAGCGACCGCAGCUUCACCUCUGAACCCCAGCCCAGCUCUGACUCUCUGCUGCAGCCCGGCUCCCAGCUCCUCCUCAAGAGCAGCAUGGGAGGAGGCUCCGGAGUCGGGGGAGGUUUUGGAUGUAACAACGGAUUAAAUGGCAAACCUGGGUUCAGUAUUUCUAGCUUCCUCAGCCCGAAGGAUUUUGGAAGUGGCGGAGCAGGGUUGGUUACAGGAGAGGACGACUUGCCCAACACGACAACUGGGGAGGCAGUAGCGCAUCACUUCCUAAUGAGACAGGAAGCCGCUGGGCCGUCUGGCUCCGCUUCUUCUUCUUCUCUUCUGCAGUCAGGUCCACUCAGCGGUGAGAGUCGCAGCGGUUUCGGAGAUAACUUGCAGCCUGAUUCUCUGUUCCUUCGUCCCCUGCAUGACAGUUUGGGGAACCCCAGAGGGAGUGGGGGAAGUGCGAAUGGAGGACGCGGAGGGGUAGAUCCCUUUGCUUUGGACUUCCAGCGCUCAAGUCUGGGGCUUCACUCUCUGGGGCGACCCUCACGAGGGGCUGGAGGGGCAACCACUGCCUCUCUCAGUUAUCCAGGCUACAGGCGCAUCGCUCCGAAAAUGAGCAGCAGUAUGGGAGGAGAAGAAGGAGUAGGCGGGGUCCUUCAGGAUUCUGCAUCUUCCUCCUCAAGUCUGGCAAGUCCCAUUCUUCUCAACGAGAGCGGUGGGUAUGAGAUGAACAGCGGCCGGCCCACCUCCCUCCCCCCUCAGCUGACCCGAGCUUCAGCAGACGUCCUGUCUAAGUGCAAGAAGGCUCUGUCGGAGCACAAUGUCUUGGUGGUCGAGGGGGCUCGGAAAUACGCCUGCAAGAUCUGCUGCAAAACCUUCCUCACCCUGACCGACUGCAAGAAACACAUCCGCGUCCACACUGGAGAGAAACCCUAUGCCUGUCUCAAGUGUGGAAAGCGCUUUAGUCAAUCCUCCCACCUAUACAAGCAUUCCAAGACCACCUGUCUCCGCUGGCAGAACAGUAACAUGUCCAAUGCCCUGCUGUAGGGCCGAGAUGACCGCAUCAAGAGUGGAGUGGGGCAAUUGGAUGAAUACAUCUGCAAUCGGAGAUGGGCUGAAUUUAAACUCCCCAAAAAAUGUUUCAUUUUUUCUGAAGCUGUGACAGAGCAGCUGGAUCUGAUCAGCUGUUGUGUCCAAACUAACUAGGCCUGAUCACUGACCAAAGAUAGGAAUGAUAAUGUAAUCAUGCAUUUUCAUUAAGAGGAGAAACUCAUACUAUCAAGUCAGUAAAAGUUAUUCUAAACACAUUUAGCCUGAAGAAAGUUUGCAAAAAAAUACCACAUUUAUUGUUAUGGACUAUGCUAUGGAUAAGAGUAUUAUAAGGAUUUUCAAUCAGUGUCAACAGCCAAUUGACUUUGUAUAAUAUGAGCCAGGCCAAGUUGGGACUUGACUUUUAAAGCUGACACACUGUUGGCUACAGCAUACAAAACACAAUCACAUGGGCCCUCUCCUUCUAGUAACAUUUAGAUGUGUUGAGAUGAUCCCUUAGUAUGGAACAUCAGUAGCUUGCGGUACACUUAACAGAUGCUGAUUUGAGUCAGUUAUAACACUCAAUCUGAGUGUGUGCAGAGCAGAGGCAGCUGUGUGUAGCCCCAACAUUGAGAACAGAUAUCAUGUAAAAUAAUGUUCAGAUUUUUCUAUUGCACAUAUGUAAAACAUGUAGCAGCAUCCGCAUCAGACUGCUGAGUCAUCCGAACUGUGCGUACUGACUGUGCCUUGUUCGGUGCAAGAGCAGUCACAUAGACUGUGGACUAACUGAUUUAGAUUCAGUUUGGGUGCCAGAUAUAAUGCCUGUAACUUUUGUUGGAUACCCUUGAUAUUUACUCUACUGUACAAAAAGGUGGAUGGAGUUAGAUUCUAUCCAGUGAGGCAAGGUGAUGCUGAAAUCUGUACCUUUUUGCAAGUUCAGCCAGAAGAAAAGGAUGACAGAGACUCUAAGGGUGUAUGUGUUUUUCACCCUGUUGUUGGUAUGCAGUGAAAAUGUCAUUAACUGACUACAUAAACUCUCUUAAGUACAGAAGUGAUGAUGUCUGAGGCAGUUUACACGCAUAUUCAACCAAGCCAUGUCAGAUUGACGGGAGAUGUUUUACCUCUGUAGUUGCCUUUCAGUCCAAGCACCUCAGUUAAAGUUGAGAAAUGAUGGGGCCUUCACAUUUCAUGUGACUACAGGAAUAAGUGUCUUUCUUUGAUACAUUUAUACCUGUACCUUAUGGUUGCUCUAAUCAACAUCUUGUUCCAGUGUGUGCUUGCCAGGCAGAGCUAUUAAAAAAUCUGAGCAAUCAUAGAGGGAGAAGUGUCAAAUUGUAACAUCAUUGCAUUAUCAGCAGUUAAAAAAAAAAAAAAAAACCUGCAUUUACUGGGCCUUGUAGUGUCUUUUUGAGAAAUCUUAAUAUAAAAUAUUGCAUUAUGAUGCUACUAUAAUACAGAGAUAACAGGAAAAUGUGCUAGAGGUGCACCUUAUUUUGUGUCAUAAUGUUAGUAGUUUUAAAUUGUAUAAGAUAAGCCACUUUCUCUCCUCAUUGGUUACUGACUGGGAAUGACCACAAAAAGUUCAGCUGUGGCCAACAAGUUUACUGACCGUCCACACAUCAGUGUGCUUGUGUGUGUACAGUUUGUGUUUGUUAAAAGGGCAAUGAAGUUGUGCUGAGAGGCAGAGUCUGAAGCCGUUUACAGGAUAUUGAGAUUCAGCACGUGUUGCAAAAGUGCUUUAGAAAUGUAAAUAUUGCACAUUUGUGGUCGUUUUCAUAUUUUUUCUCUUGGAGAGGAGACAAAACAACUCAUGAAGAACUUAACAUUGUGUAUAAGUUUGUUACUGUAAUUGAUAUCAAUGCUUUAUACGCGUAUCUUUUUACAUCUAAUGUUGCAUCUGUUACUAAAGCACUUAGACAAAUCAUUCUCUUUUAUAACUAAUAUGUUUACUGGAAAUGUUGAACUAUGUGAAAAUGUUGCUGUAUUGCAAUUAUCCAACUCUACCAGCUCUCAAGGGUUUUUCCCUUGUUAGUUUUUAUGUUUAUUUCAGGAGUUUUGAUUUCAGGAAUUAUAACUGUAUCUAUAUUUUAAUGUCUACCUGUAACUUGAUAAAUGCUGUCAUAUACUGUAAGUUUGACAAUUAUGGUUCAAUCAAGGAUUUGUGUAAGAUUCAGAGAGAACAGACACACUGAGAAGGAAGGAAUCUAAUUUUGCAGCUUAAUGAAAAUACAGUCAUAUCAAGGAUUUUUACAUCAACCCGAACUGGCAAUGCCUGAUUUCCAGUUGGUUGUAAAUAAGAGCAGCUUCACUGGUAGAAAGUUGGUUAAUUGAAAUCAGUGUUCAUGCAGUGUUGUAAAGUUCUGUUUUAGUGAACUGAAAUGAAAAAAAUAACACUUUAAAUUCAUGUUUGCCUUUUUGUAUAUUUUAUUGCUUGCUAUAUUGUGUCACCUACACUGUCAAUGAGAAUCACACAGUCGUUGCUUCCAUUUCUAGUUGGCACCUUGUCGUACUGUAAGUCAUUGCACUGUUAGCUUGUACGAAAUGACAGUUUUAUUUGACAUAUUUUGAUGGUUAACUUUGACAUUUUACUUCGUGGAAGAGUAAUUGCCUUCAAGGCUGUUUUCCCUGUAAACAUAAGCUAACCUACUGUCUGCCCUGUAACUCUUGGCACAGUGGAGUCAAUAGUAAAGUCCUUAAAGCUUGGCCACAGACUUACAAAUGACCACUGAUGGUCAAAUCUCAAAUCUGAUGUCCAUUCCUCUGUGUUGUCCUGUCACACCUCUUGCUUCAUGACUGAGAAAGCUACCUGUGACGUGCUCUUGAGAAAUGGUUAAAAAGGUGAUGAGGAGAAGGAAAUAUGCAGUGUCUCCAAAAUGGCUUCCAUGUCUCACACAGUGGCCUAUUAGGAAUUCUAAUGGUGCUGUCUUCUAAAGCUUAAUGUGAAUCUCUGAAAAAUGCACUGACUGUAUUACCCCUGUAUGAAUAUGCCAAAAUUUUGAAAAAAAUGUAAAAGGCCUGAAUUGAUUAGGAAAGUUACUGCCUUAUGCCCUCUAGCUUGAAAAGCUGGGCCUUUGUUGAUUUGCCAAAUCUGAUGGAUUUCUGUGUUGUUUAUUUCUGUAUACCUAACAUAGUAUAACCAUGAGAGGACUAAAUGUUUGUCUCUUUACUGUUGAAGGAUAUGAAGAUUGUAUAGUAUGUUCAGUUGUUGUAUAGACUGAAUUAAAAAAAAACAAUGAGAUUGA